AUGACCGGCACGCUCUCCCCUUAUCUUGGUAACAUCACAUUCCUUCAACUCCUUGACCUCAGCGAACUCGAAUACUUGCAGGGUCCCAUCCCACCUGAACUUGGAAAGCUUUCACACCUUACCGAACUCAAUCUUUACCACAACAAUCUCUCAGGCUCAAUACCCAUUUCAUUUCAAAACCUUUUUAGGCUAAAGAACCUUCAACUGCAUCGCAAUCGCUUAUCUGGUUCUCUCCCUAACCCUAUUUUUGAGUCUUUAGCUUCACUUUCUUUUCUUGGCCUUUCAGAAAAUCAACUGUCUGGUUCAAUCCCAUCUUCAAUUGGCAACUUGGUUUCGUUAACUAUGCUUGAUCUUCGUCAAAACAGCUUCUCUGGUGCUAUUCCAAACACCAUUGGCAAGCUCAAGAAGGUCAAAAUUAUCCGUUUGUCAGCAAAUCGAUUAAGUGGUAGCUUACCGAAGUCUAUAGGCGGACUAUCAGAAUUAGUAGAUUUAUAUAUCUACAACAACUAA